AUGGAAGUUGUGGCAGGGGAUGAUCCAACUCUUUCCAAAUUAGUAUCAGCUUGCCAUGAUCUAAAGAAACUUGUUCACACCUCAAUCAGCGUGGAGGCUAGCUUAGAUGAUAUGGACAGAAAGUUGGCCAUGAUGCUUGAAUCUCUAAGUAUGGCCUCAAAGAAAAUUGCUCCUCUGCAAACACUUUCUAUUGUUAACAAAGCUCUUGACACCAGAAUCAACCGGGCGAUUUCUCCGGCGCUUGCCCUUCUCGAAAGCUUCAAACUUUCCGAAUCCCUCCAGCGGAGACUUCUUGAACUUGCCGCAAAACUGUGCAAUGAAAAAGUACACGAAAGGAGGCUGAAGAAAUUGAUCAAGUAUGUGGAUUGUGUGGAUCAGUUAAACGAAGCCAUCAGUGCGAUCGGCGAAGAAUGUGAGCCCGCGAUUCAGAAGCUGCAGGAAGUGGUGGAGUUUUUGAGCCGGACAAAGGCCAGUGAUCAGGACAGGAAUGAAAGGCUCAGGGAAACUUUGAUCACUUUGAAAGCCCUUUAUGAAACUGAGGUUGAUGCCAUGAAAUUUGACGGCUUGCUUGAUGAGGCUUUACUGAACUUGCAAGAUGAAUUUGAGAGCCUGUUGCUUCUGCUCAGGCAUGAGAACAUUGGAGAAGUCGUCAAGAACGAUGAUUUGCAGGAGAUUAUGCCUACAGAGUUAGGCACUGAGUUGGAAGUUGAAGUUCUAAGGCGAAUUUCGAGCACCCUCGCUAACAAUGAUUGUGUUGAUAUAUGCAUCGAUAUUUAUGUUAAGUCUAGGUACAAAAGAUCAGCAAAAGCACUGAUGAGACUGAAUCCUGAUUACUUAAGGACUUACAAUCCAGAAGAAAUUGAUGAAAUGGAAUGGGAGAAUCUAGAGACAGCAAUAUCCUUAUGGAUUGAGCACUUUGAGCUUGCUGUGAAAUCUGUUCUUGUAUCAGAAAAAAUUCUUUGUCAUCAGGUACUAGGAAACGUUAUGGAUGGUGUGAUAUGGCCCGAAUGUUUCACUAAGAUUUCCGACAAGAUCAUGGCGGUUUUCUUCCGAUUUGGCGAGGGGGUUGCGAGGAGCAACAAAGAGCCACAGAAACUCUUCAAGCUCCUAGACAUGUUUGAUUCUUUAGAGAAUCUGAAGCCAACAUUCACAGAAACAUUCGAAGGUGAAGCUGGUGCUGAUAUCUGUUCAAGGUUUCGCGAACUCGAAAAGCUCUUAGUUCACGCUUCGACCAAAGUGUUCUGGGAAUUUGGCCUUAAGAUUGAAGGAAAUCAAGACGGCCUGCCUCCACCCCAAGAUGGCUCGGUACCAAAAUUAGUUCGAUAUGCAAUCAACUACCUCAAGUACUUGGCAUCUGAAAGCUACAGCAAAUCCAUGGCUCAGGUUUUCAGAAUUGAGCAAUCCUGGAAAGCUGGAAUUCUGUCAAAACCCGAAUCAGAUGAAGGGUUACUCAAGGACGCAAUCUCCAAUGUGAUGGAAGCAAUCCGGAGGAAUAUCGAAACCAAAAAAGCCCGGUACAAAGAUAAAUCACUCUGCAACAUUUUUGUGAUGAACACAUACUGGUACAUUUACAUGAGAACCCGAGGCACAGAGCUGGGAAAACUCCUGGGAGAGCAAUACAUGAAAAAACAGUUCAAAAUUGUUGCAGAAGAAUCAGCGUAUUUGUACCAAAAGCAAGCUUGGGGAACCAUUGUUAGACUACUUGAUGAUGUAGAAGAAGAACUGGACAGAGGAAACAGAGACGGCGCCGGCGCGAUCGCUCGGGGGAAACUGGAGGCAUUCAUGAAAGCAUUUGAUGAGAUGUUGAAGAAGCAUGGGAGUUUUUACAGCAUCCCGGAUCCUGACUUGAGAGAUCAAAUCAGGGAGGCAACAGUAAGGCUUGUUGUGCCGGCUUAUGAAGAGUUCUUGAAGGCUCAUUCCUCUGUUUUACAAGCUAAAUCAUACAUGUCUUGUCAGUCAGUCGAAGGAUUGUUGGGACAGAUAUUUGAUGGUGGAAAUCGGCAAAAUGGGUAUGGGAAAUCAUCGUCUUUCGGAAGGAAUCAUGAUCAAAGAGAUUCUGCGGAUACAAGGAGAAGAUCUUUUUCGCUGGAGAAAUCUCGGGAGAGGAAAGGUAAUCACAGAAGAGCAAGCUCAAAUAUCAGCCAAUCGUGA